ACUGGAGUCGAACGGUUCCAGAAAUCAGUUGCAACAUGUCGCUGUUUAAUGUCUGCAGCUGGUGGUCAGCCCAGUGUUCCGAUCCUGGGGAGGAGUACGAUGUGGCCAGUCUGCUGUGCGCCCGCUUUGGUCUGGAGGAUCAGGAGAAGGACUAUAUCAUUGUGGGCUCCCAGACGGGACAGCUGAGUAUCUACUAUCCGCACCGCAGGGGCUUCGAUGCCACCGACCUGCUGCUGGAGACCCAGAUGGUGGCCCCCAUCCUCGGGUUGUACGCCGGAAAGUUCAGUGGAAAUGUUCGCAAUGAGAACACCAAUCAGUUGGGCGUGCUCCUGCCCAACGCAAUUGUUAUCUACAAUGUUGUGGCCAUCGGAGGACUGGCGGACCAUGGUGCCCAGUUGCGGCUCCAGGUGCAGGCGGAGCACAAGUUCCAGCGCGUGGCCUUCGGACUUUGCCAAGGUCACUUCGGCCAGGUUAAGGGGCGGGAGUUCUUCUGCGUGGUCCAUCUGGAUGGGACACUGACUUUCUAUGAGCAGGAUGGCAUCUCCUACGAGUGCCGAUUCCCCGGUCACCGGGCACUUCCUGCUCCGGUGGCCUACUGCGAGCGAACCGACAGCUUCUUUCGGUUCAGUGCCACCUGGGAUCUGCAGUGCUACAGCUACCAGGAUCUGUCCCAUUCGCUGGUCACCAAGAGCAGCUACCAGCCCACCUGGACGCAGUGCGUCGGCGAGGGCAUUGUCGAUAUGCGGGUGCUUCAAGUGAAGGAGAACUGUUCCUAUAUCAUGAUCCUAGGCGAGCGAAACUUCAUCUCACUGGACGACAAUGGCAAAUUUAACUUUAUGCUGAAACUGGACUAUGCUCCAAAAUGCUUUACCAGCUUCGUGGUGGGCUACUACUGGGAGCCCGGAGCGCGCCUUAUCAGCGCCAUUAUUUCGGACUCCUCCAAGUUGCAUCUGUAUGAAGAGGCCAACAUCAUUUGGGCGGCACAGUGGCCCAACCAAAUGCCCGCACCGGUGGCCAUUCAGCGCUCCAAUGUCCAGAAUCUGGCCGGAGGAAUCGUAACGCUGGGCGCCCGGGGCCAACUUGAGGUGGGCUACCUCGGUGCCGAUCCCUUCCAGUUCCAAGUCCAGCCUCUAGACCUGGAGGAGCUCAGUUUCACCCAGGCGCACAGGGAACUGCAGCAGCUCGAGGACGAGAUCAAGGAGGCGGUGGAUGUGCGUGACAUGGAUGCCCUCAAUCAGCAGGCGGCGGAUCAAGUGCGCCUAAAUUUCAGCAUCCAGACGGAAGUAAACGAUGAUCUGGACACCCUGCUGUUGGACGUGCCGGCGGAUGUGGCUGUCAAGGAGUUGCCGUCGGCCAAGGGCUUACUGCGCUGCAAGAUUAGGGCGGAGCUGGCCGAGCUGCAGCUGGUGUUCCAGACGCCCAACGGGGUCCGCUGCAGUCAGGAUACCUUGAGCUUUGUGGAUGUGCCGGCGGGCACAAGUAAGGAGCUCAAGCUGGACUUUUACAUUGCCGAGCUGUUGCAUGUUCAUAGCACCAAGGUGGAGGUGGUGGCCUCCUUUUUGAGUACCAGGGGAAUCCCGCGAAUCAUUCAGCAGAGCGCCAAUCUCCCGCUGUCCAUGUUCUAUCGCGUUUGCCAGCCCCAAAAGGCGGCUGGGAUCAAGCUGACCUACAGCAUAACCAGUCGCCAUGUGACCCCCAAGCUGGCCACCUUUUUCGGGGAGUUUCUGGAGGAGCAGAGCGAUGCCCAUGCCCUGGGACUCCAAUUGCUCUGUCCGGGUCUGGAGAAGCAGAGCGAAAUAAUCACCGUGGUGGCUGCCAAGAACUCCAAUCGCAUUCGCAUUCAGUCCGACUACGUGGAGACCUUCGCCAUGAUCUUGGAGCGCGUUGUGGAGCGAACGCUCCAGCUGGACAGCUCAGCGGGUCUGAUCAAGAUGGACAAGAAGAAGCCGAAGCGCGGAGUCCUCAAUCGUUGUGUGGAGCGCCUGAUGGCCGCUCCUUUCCUACCCGCCCAGCCCAUCCUCCAUCGGAUCGAUGUCCACCACGACACCCAGCAGAGCAUUCGGAAGCAAACGGACCAACUGGAGGAUCUGUGGCAGCAGUUCAAGACUCUUCAGCGGCAACUGCAGGAGCAGUCUGAGGGUGAGCCCAAGGAAGCCCUUACCAUGCAAAUCGAGUCCAACUAUGACCAGCUAAUCCUGGAGGGCGACAAGCUGGUGGAGAUAAGGCGCGACGAACGCAAACAGCGCUGCGACCUCAAUUGCGCCGUGGCAUUAGCCAAAUGGAUAAUUCAUGCAUUGAACCUGGAGGAGCGAGUGGUCAAUGUUAUCAACUCAGUGCUGAGUGUGCCCAUCGAGGACUGGACGGAACUGAGUUGGGAGGAAUCGAUGGCGCCCGGCAUCGAUAUGCUGCAUCAUUUUGGGCCGCUGACCCGCUCAAAAUCCACGUCCACACAUGGACUAUUGGAUGCCAACGCUGGAUCCAGGGACAGUUUUGAUUACAGCCGGUUUAGGCGACACUUCGCCACUCUUUUCGACCGGAUUGUCAGAUUGGCCUCCUCCCCGGUGGCAGUUUACCCCGAAAAAGCCGCGGAAGAACCAUCCACGGAGGAGAAGCCACCGCCGCCACAGCAGGUCGAUGAAAUCGGGAAUAUGCAGCGAAUACUGGGGGAAAAGGGUUUGCCUCUCGCUCCUCCGAAGCGUAAAACCAAUAUGAGCAGCUCCCUGGAGGCAGUGGAAGACGAUGAGGAGUACGACGAGGAGGAUCUUCGCGAUGAUGUGGGCUACCGCAAGGAGUAUGGAACAACCGACCAGAAGAGUGCAACCAACAAGAACCGAUCCGAGUGGGUCAACGAGGACUUCGAGCUGCCCACCACCGAGGAGCUGUUCAGCGACCUGGGCAUCUGGUGGUAGUCGUCGGUUCUUGGGUGAUGAGAUCUUUAUUGGCUCGCUCUCGACUCGGGAGAAUGACAGGCCGACAGCUGCUGGGCCCGAGAUCUGCGAUUCUGGCGGCGAUAAAGCUUCGUAAUCGGAAUUUGCAUAACCAGCAACGACAGCCAGCCAUCCAGAAUCAGUGGGAGUGCGGAGAUUUGUGUGGACAGGACGGGACAGGACAGGACAGGUCAGGACGGGACAGGACAGGAACAGCAACAGAAAAAGCAGACUCGUUUAUGAUGCAUAGCCGCAGAUAAAGCAAGAUAAAAGUCAGGGCAGAGGCUUCACUGUGGCCCGUUUGAAAGUGGGCAGUGAGUGGAGGAAAGCGAUGCACAGUAAGAAAA